AUGGAUUGUGCUGAUUCCGGAUGUUCGUUCCAAGUCUCGGCCGACACCGAGAAAUUUCUUUGCGACCGUUUGUUGGAUCAAAACCAACCGAUUUCGGAGCGAUUCAGAGUCCUCUUCUCUCUUCGCAACCUCCGUGGGCCUGCCCCUCGCAAUGCCCUCGUUCAAGCAACAAGGGAUGCUUCGAACCUGCUGGCACAUGAGGCUGCAUUUGCAUUGGGUCAGAUGCAAGAUGCUGAUUCUAUUCCUGCUUUGGAAGCUGUUCUAAAUGAUCUUUCCUUGCAUCCCAUUGUUCGCCAUGAGGCUGCAGAAGCUCUUGGUGCAAUUGGUUUAGAAAGUAAUAUUGGUCUUUUGAAGAAUAGUUUGGCCAUGGAUCCAGCUCAAGAAGUUCGGGAAACAUGUGAACUAGCUUUGAGUCGAAUUGAGGAGCUGAAGAACACCUCACCCACAAAAUCAUCACCUUUCUUGUCAGUCGACCCUGCUGCACCUGCUUCUUUUUCUUCUGUGCAGGAAUUAAGGGAAGUUUUAUUGAAUGAAUGCAAUAGCAUGUAUGAGAGGUAUGCCGCACUUUUUGCACUUCGAAACCUUGGAGGAGAGGAAGCCAUAUCUGCUAUUAUUGAAUCCCUAGGUGCAAAAAGUGCUCUUCUAAGGCAUGAGGUUGCCUAUGUCUUGGGCCAGUUGCAGAACAAAAAGGCUUCAGAUGCUCUAUCCCAAAUCCUUAGGGAUGGUAGUGAACAUCCGAUGGUUAGACAUGAAGCUGCUGAAGCUCUUGGUUCAAUUGCAGACGAUCAAUGUAUCACACUGCUUGAGGAAUUUGCUAAGGAUCCUGAACCUAUAGUCUCACAGAGCUGUGAAGUUGCUCUCAGUAUGCUUGAUUUCGAGAGAUCAGGAAAAUCAUUUGAGUACCUCUUCAUGCAGGUGCCUCAAUUGCAGCAAGAGUCAUAA